AUGGCACCCGCAUCCACCACCUCCGCCAGCUGUCCCUGCGGCGGCGGCGGCGGCGCUGCGGCGCCCGCCCGCAGCUCUGAUGGCGACUGCGCCGCAGCUGCAAAGGAGGAGAGCCGGGUGAAUGCGCUGGGCCAGCAACUGCGAGACUGGAUAGAAGAUGCGGGCGGCUACGUCCACCCAGCGCUGCAGCUCUCAAUGGCCACACCCUACGGCAGGGGUGUCGUGGCAGUGGAGGCCGUCGUGCCUGAGCAGCGGCAGCCGCUGAUUGCCGUGCCGGAGCGCCUGCUUCUGACGACCGAGGUGGCGGCACAGCAGCUGGGCCCGCUGCUGCUGCGCCAAUUGCAGCCGCCGGCGCCGCCGGGGGCGUGGUGGCCCCUGGGGCUGCGGCGGCAGCAGCAGCAGCACCGACAGCAAAUUUCGCAGGCAGACCCCACGCUGCUGCUGGCGCUGCUGCUGGCCUCAGAGCGGGCCAAGGCCUCCGCCAGCCCCUGGUGGCCGUACAUUGCGGCUCUGCCAGAAGACAUCCCCUGCGGCUGGGCGCUCAGCCAGAAGCAGCUGGCCGCUGAACUGGCAGCGCUGGGCAGCAUGGCCAGCGAUUGGGCGCCGCAAGUGCGGGCGGCGGCUGCGGCCGUUGAUCGGCAGGCGGCGAGCGCGGUGGCAACCUGGGGCAAAGAGCUCAGCGUAUCGGCAGCUGAUGUGCGGUUCACCACUUCUGCUGGGGAGGCAUGCGCAGCAGUGCACAGCCGGAGCAAGGGAGCUCUGCAGGCGCUGCCACGUGGCACGGAGUUUUGCGUCUCGUACGUCGCAGGCACCUCGCCGCUCAACAUGCUGCUCAACUUUGGCUUUGUGCCCCAUGAGCACAGGCGCUGA